AUACAAGAGAGAGAAGCUAACAAUUCUUCCAAAAGUAUAUAUAUUGCCCACAUGAUAAAUAUAGAAAGCAUGAUGUAACCCUUUCAACUCAUUCCUUACCCUCUAGUAUCUUUUUUAACAUUUUUUAGUCAUACUAUGCUUUAACUUCACUUCUACUCAAAAUUUGCAUAAAACCUUCCCUCUCUAAACCUUUUUUUCCUACAAUGUCUUCAUCAUUCUGUUGCAUUCUCUCCAAUAAUUCAUUAUAAUCUUCUUUCACUCUUGUCUUCAUGAUCCAUUCCGGAAUAAUGAAGAUUCAUAGAGGAAAAGUGCCUUUUCCUAUCAUUAUCAUCACAAUUGGUUUUCUUGUUUUCAUUGCUGUUUUGUAUGCUGAGAGACUCAGUUUUCUCUCUUCCAAGUCCAUCUUCAAGUUCAAACCUUGUCCAAGAAAGAACACCAAACCAAAACCAACAGGUGAAAAGAAAGUUGAUGAGGAGAUUGUGAAUGAAACAUGGAUUGAUGACAGAUUUGAAUUUGACACAGAAGAAUGCAACAUUGCUAAUGGAAAAUGGGUUUUUAACCAAUCAAUAAAGCCUCUCUAUACUGACAUAACUUGUCCAUAUAUAGAUAGACAAUUUUCUUGUGUAAAAAAUGGUAGAAAGGAUUUUGAUUAUCAACAUUGGGAGUGGCAGCCAGAAGAUUGUACCUUGCCAAGUUUCAAUGCAGCGUUGGCCCUUAAAAAGCUUCAAGGGAAAAGACUACUAUUUGUAGGGGACUCACUACAAAGAAAUCAAUGGGAAUCUUUUGUUUGUUUGGUAGAAUGGAUCAUACCAGAAAAGAUGAAAUCUAUGAAAAGAGGGAUUGUUCAUUCAGUCUUCAAAGCCAAGGAAUACAAUGCUACUGUAGAAUUCUAUUGGGCUCCAUAUCUGGUUGAGUCCAACACUGACAUAAACAUCAUUGGAGAUACAAAGAAAAGGAUCAUAAAAGUGGAUGCUAUCAAAGAGAGAGCCAAAAAUUGGACAGGAGUGGAUAUCCUUGUUUUCAAUACCUAUGUAUGGUGGAUGAGUGGUGCCACCAUUAAAUCAUUAUGGGGUUCAUUUGGCAAUGGAUACGAAGGAUACGAAGAAUUCGACACACCGGUCGCUUACAAAUUAGCUUUGAAGACAUGGGCUAAUUGGGUUGAUUCAACUAUCAAUCCAAACAAAACCAAAGUUUUUUUCACAACAAUGUCACCUACACACACAAGAAGCCAAGAUUGGGGAAACAUGAAAGACGAAAAAUGCUUCAACGAGACGAAACCAGUGAAAAAAAAGAAGCAUUGGGGAACUGGUUCCGAUAAACGGAUAAUGAGCGUGGUUGCGAAAGUUGCAAAGAAAAUGAAAGUUCCUGUGACAUUCAUCAACAUAACACAGAUAUCAGAAUACAGAAUUGAUGGUCAUUCCAAUGUGUACACUGAAACCGGAGGAAAAUUGUUAACCGAAGAAGAAAGGACUAAUCCGCAAAAUGCAGAUUGUAUACAUUGGUGUUUGCCGGGAGUUCCUGAUACAUGGAAUCAAAUACUUUUGGCAAUGUUGUAACACAAUAUAUGAUGCACAAAAAUCAUAUGAUGUUUUUUUUACUUUGUUUUUUGUUUUUCCUUUGUGACAUGAAGAUGUCCAUUGGUUUGUUUGUGUACAUUAAUAUUUUAAUUCACUAUCAUUUGUGUGAGAUAUAUAACAAUUUUUUAUUUGCAAA